AUUAACACUGAACUCUAAAAGCAAAUAUCUGACGUGCAGAGAAGAAAAAGAAACAUUUAAGUAAUUUUUAUUUACACACAUUUCAAUAGAAAUGUCUUCCGGCGACGGUAAAAUAAGUCUGCGGAAACUUGAUUAUCCAAUGUGUGCAGUGGAGGCACUUUCUCGUCUUGAGGGUCUCAUUGCUAGCCGCAUGAAACAAAACUUGGCCAUGCAAAUGAUUUCGGAGUUCAUAUUCUUGGAGCGUAGCAAGGAUAGCCAAAUGAAUAUAUAUCAAGAGUUUCAAUUGAUACUCACGCUCAUCGAGUACUUCUCCAGGCCCGGCCGGGAUGCCACACGCAAUGCGAUCUUUCUCUCGCUAUUUGGCAGUCAUUUGACCCCACAGCGCUCCCGGCUGCUAUCGAGACUGAUUAGUACGGCGGUGUCGGGUUCGGUGGCGCCGCUACUCUCCUCGGCAGGCACAUGGAUGCAACAGGUUGGCUGCAAGACAGCGCCGAGCUUGGAAGUUGCCCAGAAUAUAGUCAGUGAUUUCAUUUCGUUUUCGCGCAAAACGGCGGAACAAUUGAAGCAACUUCCAAUGGUCGGUCCCCAUUUUGCGGCAAACUUUAUGGUUGCCGUGGCCGAUCUCUAUCUGAAUGAGAUGCGUGGUGGUGUUUUAACGCCACCGCCAGAUGCGCUCCUCGAUGCGAUAACAGAAUGGACGACCGAGAAUCCAUUGCUGUGCCAGGCACCUCAGCAGCCACUUGUCCUCCCUCCAGGCGCCAUUGCAAUGCCAUUUGCCACACCACUGGCCGGCCUGCUGCGCUGGGUGGUACUGGCCCCUUUGGUCUCAAAUCGCCAGGCUUAUAGCCAAUUACAUUUGUCACUGUUGCACGCAUUGCUCCAGCUGGUCAACAGUGGUGAUGCGACGCCAUUGCAUGCCCAGGACUUGAAGCAAAUUGUGACAUCGUUGCAAAAGUAUUGCUCCCGUUUGACCGAGGCCAACGUUGUCCCCGAUGACGAUCCCGCGUACAUAAAAUGCAUGGAGCGAUUCGCUCAAGCUGUGCAAAUCGCCUUAGCCUCCAAUUGCAUCACAAAUCAGAUUCAGUUGCUUUGCGUUCUCGAAACACUGCCGCCGCACACACUCAUGAAAAUUGUGCUGGGAACGCACAAAAAAUUAUGACACAAGAAGGUAUAAGUAUCCAUAUAAAUAAGCACAUCUUGCAAUACGGAUUUAAUAAAUUAAUUAUAAAUAUAAAUACA